GCUCCGCUAGCCACGCUGGCAGAACCUGGGGCUCGCAGCAGGAUGGUAUGGCGGCACGCGCUGAAGAGAAGCAGGGACUAUCCGGAGCUGCCGGAAGAAGGGUCUGAGACAAGUGGCUCCCUCCAGAGUGUUAUCCUGAAUGACAAGGGCUUUCCUUACGAGAAUGAUGCAGGCAUCAUCACGUUCUUUGAUGACAGCUUCAACGUGUCCAGUGGCCUGGAAGGAAAUGAGGCUCCCCGCCAAAUGCAGGCCCAGACUCGCAGCACUGCCAGCAGCGCGGCUUCGAUGACCCAGGAGGCCGGCCAGCUGCACUUGGCAGCAGCCGGCAGCGCAGCGGUCAUGGGUGCAGUGGCAGCCCUGGGGCCUCGACGUGCAGCAGCCAAGCGUAGCCGAACAGUGGCCACGCGCGCAGCGCAGCAGGAGCCUCCCGAAGGACUCUCGGAGCUCGUGGGCUUGGCCGAGCAGCUCGUUCAUCGGCCAGGGCCGCAGCAGCUCUCCCUCUUGGUGCAGCAGCUGAAGGCGUUUGCCUCCGCGGAGCUGCGGCGUGGCGCCGCACUUUCGGCCCCUGCACUCAGGGCCUUCGAAGAAGUAGUACAAGGCGCCAAUGAGGCGCUGGUCAGCAGUGCCGACAAGCAGCUGAGAUGGGCAGCCGGCGCUGCAGCGUCGCUGCUGCUGACAUUCAGCGUUACCCUGCAGCCUGCUUUUGCAGCGGAUGUAGUCAACUACUCCGAUUUCAUGGAGUCCGUCAACCGCGGGGAUGUCGAGAUGGUGCGUGUCCAGGAAGAUCAGCUCUCCGCGCAGUACACCACCAAGGAUGGUGCUCGCAAAGAGGUGAACUUGAUCCCCAAUGCACAGAUUCAGGAUGGGUUGUUCAACACUCUUGCCCAGAAGAAGGUGGAUGUGGUCAUGCAAACUCCUGGAGCUAACAGCGGCGGGCCUCUGGACUUUCUAGCACGCUUCGCAGGCCCCAUCGCCUGGCUGAUCGCAGGGCUUCUUGUUCUCUUCGGAGGCGCUGGCAUGGGAGGACCCGCAGGACCUGGCGGCCCAGGCGGAAACCCGUUUGAGCUCGGCAAGUCCAAGGCCAGAAUCAUCAAGGAUGGGGACACAAAGGUCAAGUUCGCAGACGUGGCGGGCUGCGAUGGUGCCAAGCAAGAGUUGGUGGAGGUCGUUGAUUUUUUGAAGAACACCUCGCGCUACUCCGAGCUCGGAGCGAAGAUCCCCAAAGGUGCUCUUUUGGUGGGACCGCCUGGUACAGGAAAGACGCUGCUGGCGAAGGCAGUGGCUGGCGAAGCGGGCGUCCCUUUCUUCAGCAUCUCCGCCUCGGAGUUCGUGGAGAUCUUCGCCGGUAUCGGCGCCUCCCGCGUUCGAGACCUCUUCGAGCAGGCAAAGAAGUCAGCACCCUGCAUCAUCUUCAUUGAUGAGAUCGAUGCGGUCGGCCGUCAGCGCAGCGCCGGAUUUGGCCAGGGCAACGAUGAGCGAGAGCAGACUGUGAAUCAGCUCUUGACAGAGAUGGAUGGUUUCGAGGGGCGAUCUGAGAUCUUGAAGGUCCACGCGAAGGGCAAGAACCUGGCUGCCGGCGUUGACCUCACGGCCAUCGCAAGGCAGACCCCAGGCAUGUCCG